AGAGUGAAAGAAAGACACGCAGAAACAUGGAAUCUAACACGGAGAAAACAUUCGCGGACUUUUCUGGAUCCUGGAAAAUGAAAAGCUCCGAAAACUUCGAGGAGCUUUUGAAAGCGCUCGGUGUAAAUGUCUUUCUUAGGAAGAUUGCAGUUGCAGCAGCUUCCAAACCAGCAGUUGAGAUCUCACAGCAGGGGGAGAGCCUGUCUGUUCAGACCUCCACCAGCGUUCGGACCACUCAUGUGUCCUUCACGGUGGGCGAGUCCUUCAAUGAGACUACGGUGGAUGGACGACCAUGCACAAGUUUUCCGAAAUGGGAAACGGACUGUAAAAUCUCUUGCGAGCAGACGCUACAGAAGGGGGAGGGGCCUGAGACAUCAUGGACACGAGAACUGACCAAUGAUGGCCAGAUGAUUCUCACUAUGAGAGCCGGAGAUGUUGUCUGCACUCGGGUGUAUGAACGAGAUUGAAGGAUCUGAGUCCACUCCAUCUCAACUCAACUGUCAUUUUGUGGAGGAAGAAAAAAAUGCUAGUUUAUUACUGCACAAAUUCCCUGUCCUUUCACCCUUUUGUUUGACAUAUUAGGUUUGUAAGUCAGAGAAAGAAAGGUGUUUGAAGGAUCAGACAUUGUGGUAAGACUGUACAAUAACAGUACAUGAAUAAUGAUGUACUAAUAUGUAAACCAAACAUUGCUCUAUUAUGAACUAAUGGUGAGUUUAUGCAUAUGCUAAUCAUAAACUAAAUUUGACUACAACAUGAGUCAUUUGUUAGUUCAUUUUAAAUGUAUUAUUUAACUCCUUAGUUUAAGCUAAAUGUAAGCUACAUUUAGCUAAAAUUGAAGUGUUGAUUAAUACAUUCAUUUACAAACAUGAACUAACAAUUAAUUAUAACCUAGGCUCAUUUUGAUUAUGUACCUUGAUAUACAUUUUUGGAGAGCACCAAAUACAUCCCAGGAGCUAAAUUUUUUGCAGUUUUUGUUUUCGCGACUCCACCAGAGGCCGAUGUGUACACUUUUUGAGAUCUCAAAUUUCUCUUGCGAGGGCCAUUCGUGCCUGCUGUUCUCAAGAAAAUCCCCCAGAGGCCGCUGUCGACUGACUGACUAACCAAUCCCCCUAUCCACUGUCAGGAUUCUGCCACUCUGGUCUUGUUAAUCCUUGUUUUAGUGGCAGAAUCCAGACACUAGUCCUGUCAUGUCUUGUGUUGUGUUGUGCUCGACUUGAGUUUUCACGGGUCGAGCACAGCUUUUGCAAUUGUGUUUGUCUCUGUAUGAGCGCCAUUUGUGAGCACGCUUUGACCGUGCGCGUUCCCCCUUGAUGCGGGCGCGUGAGGUCCGGACGUGUUUGCAAUUGCGCGCUCUUGCCCGGGUGUUCGUUCUGCAGCGUAGUGUUUCAUUCCUAGCGUCUCAGUCUAGUUGGUUUCGGUCGGCGCUGAGAUGAAACAUGCAAGCUGUGUGUGUGAGUGCACGGUGAGUGUUUUCAUUCAUCGUGUACUCGUGUCUCGCGUUCAGUCUUUUGCUGGUGUUGUGUUUAGAACGUGGUUCAUGUUUACUUGAAUGAGUUCUCUCAUUGGCUGUGUGUUCUAGUCUCGUUUUAUGUGAGCGGAUGGCUUGUGUUGUCUCUUUGUGUCAUGUGCUCUCCCGUCUAUUGUCUAGUCCUACCCUCCUUGUUGACCCAUUAUUAGUUUAUUAGAUUCACCUGUUUGUGUUAAUUUAUUUUUGCUUAUAUUCUCCUCAUGUCUGCUGUCCUGUGCCAGUUCGUCGUCGAUUAUUUCCCUGUCCUGUUGUGUCCAGCCCUGCCUUUUCCUGCCUGCCCAGUCAAGUUUGUUUUUUGCCUUUUAAUUAAUGUUUUCCCCCUCUGGUUAGUUUGUUUUGCCUCUUCUUGUUUUAUUCUUAUUUUACAAUAAAGGAUUUUGUCUGCAAUUGGGUCCUCGCUCCUUUUCCCCAACCUCCGACCGUGACACCCACCCCCUUCCAUAAACGAUAGUGUUUUCAAAAGCACCGAUUGACCCACAUCCCUAAGCCCAACCGACAUUGUUUUCAAAAGCAACCCAGAAGCCCUAGCCCUCACCGCAGCUUGAUUUUUACCACAUUUUCAGAUUUUACCACAUUCUCACCCAGUUAUUUACUUGUUUGUUCACCAAAUUCGAACCCUAUCAUUACGGUCAACUUCGCUCUGCUUCUCAAAUCCUCCGACGUACAUGGCGAGCCCCUGGAAAGCCGUCCACAUGGAGGUAAGCAGUCAGCUGAAUAGCACAAAAAGGAAUGACAUCAUACCGCCCUGUAGCAUUCGUUUUGAAAACGAAAUGCAGACAUACGCUCCUUUGAUCUCGUGAUUUCCAGAAAUGUAUAUAGGGCUAUGUUUUCAGAAUGAGCCUAAGGUAGCUGUUAUUCAUUCAUGAACUCAAAAGUUAGUUCAUAAUUAGCGCAUGUCUUAAUUCAUUAUUAGUUCUAAAUGAAGUAAUGUUUAUUACAUAUUAGUAUAUAAUUAUUCAUGUACUGUUAUUGUACAGUGUUUCCCCAGUCGUACUUGUUUAAAGAUGGAAGAAUUUUGACGCAUUAUCUGAAAAUUGUAUUUAUUGUUAUUGUUUGUGCCUUUAAUGUUGCAGUUUCAUGUAUAUACCACAAUGUGGCUUAUCGAUCAGAAAUGUUUUUGGCAAUAAAACUUUACACAU